AUGUCUUUUUCAGAAGAACUCAAAAGACUAGAAAGCGAAAGAAAAUGGUUUGAUAUGACUGAGCAUAUCAAGCGUGGAGUCGUUAACUCUCUGUCUGAUGCUGAUCUUGAUUUUUCCUUGGAUAUUUUGUCUAGAAAUGCGGUAAAGAUCCACCCAAUGAGUCUAACAUCGGCAAUAGUCGCUCUCUUCAGUUACAUCUCACCAGAAAAGGCAAGCAGUAUUAUCCAAACUGCAAUCUCUACAUUAGAGUCGAGUUUUGUUAGUCAGAGCAGCUAUUUUCAAGAAAUUGCCACUCUCAGGCUGCACUUUUACAUUGCUUCAAUAAAACAAAAGAACUUUGAAAACAUAGAAAGCCAAAUAAUCGCGCUAAAAGACGCCGCUCUUUCAAACGAUAACUUAAAUUUACUGUAUCUCGUUGCAGCACUGUUUUAUGAAAGCACAGGAAAUUGUGAAGAAGCGCAAAGCUACCUAUUUUUACAUGCGAAGCAAACAGGCGCAGUCUACAAUAUUGAGAAGCUGGUAGAGCUCUCCAUUAAGUCCUCUACAUUCUUUGACUUCUCUGCAGUAUCGGCCUUUAAAGAGUUUGAUGGCCUGAGCAACGCCCCGUUGAGAAAUCUUUUCCUAUGUCUUUCAGAUGGCGACAUUAGCAGCAUCAACACCAAAGACAUUUUUAAUAUUCUUAAAACUAACAAUGUUGACCAGCUUACCACCAAGGUGCAUCUUCUAAAUAUUAUCAAAAUAUGCUUUAAGUCUGAACAGAAAGUUCGUUACCUUUGA